AUGCCGUCGACUGUACAAAAACCGGGCAAGAAGGGUCGUCGCACAGAUAUUGCAGGCUCCCGUGUGAGCUCUGGCGACGAAUCUGAUCAUCUCGACAGCGACGAGCCGCGCAAGAAGCGCAGAGUCGGGCAAAGAAACACCAACGAGGAAGAGGACAACAGAGACUCGAGCGAGGACUCCGAUGACAAUGAUUCCGACGCCAACGACAGCUCGGACGAGAAUGGAAACCACGGGGCCAAACUUGCCCUAGAAGAGGCCCCAAAAAUUUCCAUACCCACCAUGAUCAACCCUCCAUCUCGAGUCCGACGACGUGAAAACUCGUCGGCCGUCAAUGUUCCAACGGCCGCUGCGAUUUCCGCCACCGACAGCAGCAAGCCGUCCGGCACCGUGCUAACACCGACAGACCCCAACACGACGUUUGGCUCGCUCGGCGUCCGUCCUUGGCUGGUCCAGUCACUGGCCAACAUGGCCAUCCACCGGCCAACAUCGAUCCAGAAGGGCUGCAUCCCGGCGAUCCUCAGCGGCGAUGACUGUAUCGGUGGCAGUCGUACGGGUUCCGGAAAGACGGUGGCCUUUGCCGUGCCCGUCCUGCAGGCCUGGGCCACGGACCCCAGCGCCAUCUUUGCGCUAGUGCUGACGCCGACGCGCGAACUAGCUCUCCAGAUCUACGAACAGUUCCUUGCCAUCUCGGCGCCCCAGCCGCUCAAAGCAGUGCUGGUCACAGGUGGUGCCGACAUGCGGGCACAGGCCACGGCGCUGGCCCGGCGGCCGCAUAUUGUCAUUGCCACGCCCGGCCGUCUGGCCGACCACAUCCGAACAUCGGGUGAGGAUACGGUGUGUGGUCUUCGUCGAGUGCGUUUUGUCGUCCUGGAUGAGGCCGACCGUCUGCUGGCCGGUGGCGAGGAAGGUUCCGGCAGCAUGCUGCCCGACGUGGAGGAGUGUUUGGGCGCACUGCCGCCGCCCGGAAAGCGCCAGACGCUGCUCUUCACGGCCACGGUGACGCCUGAGGUGCGGGCGCUCAAGACGAUGCCGCGAGCUCCUGGACGUCCUCCCGUCUUCGUCUGUGAGGUCGAGACACAGGCUCCAGCCAUCCCGACCACACUGCGGCAGCUGUACCUAGACGUGCCCGUCACGCACCGCGAGCACUACCUGCACGUGUUUCUGAGCACGACGCACAACGAGGCCCUGCCGGCCGUCAUCAUCUUCUGCAACCGCACCGCCACCGCCGCCUACCUGCACCACCUGCUGCGGCUGCUCGGCCACCGCGUGACGGCUCUGCACGGGAAGCUGCCACAGCGACAGCGCACCGACAACCUGGGACGCUUCCGCGCGGCUGCCGCGCGCAUUCUGGUGGCCACGGACGUCGCCGCGCGUGGUCUGGACAUUCCCGACGUCGCGCUGGUCGUCAACUAUGACGUGCCACGCCAGCCGGACGACUACAUUCACCGCGUCGGUCGGACGGCGCGUGCGGGCAGGACGGGCGAGGCCGUCACGUUUGUAGGCCAGCGCGACGUGGACCUGGUGCUGGCCAUCGAGGCACGCGUCGGCCGGCCGAUGGAGCUGUGGCAGGAGGAGGGCGUCAAUCUGGAAACGCGGGUGCUGCGCGACGCGCUCAAGGUCGUCAGCGAGAAGAAGCGCGAGGCACUGCUCGAGAUCGAGGAGAACCGCGAGGUUGGCGGCAAGCGCAAGCGGGGAAUGCAGAAGCUGCGAGCAACAUAA